UUUGAAGAAGCUGUUGCUGUUGCUGCCAUGUGAAUGUCUGGCGCGGGAGUUUGAUUGGCUGCGGCACUGUCCAACACAGAUCCCCGGGCAACUCUCGCGGCCCUGCAUUGUCAACACAACCACAACGCCGCCAAGUACAUAGCUACCUCAUACUACACUGAGGGUUACUCGACAACAUCAGCACCACGCCGACCGGGCGACCAUGGAGCUGGCCAUAAUUGGCACUCGAGAGACGACUGAUCUGAGACAGAGUGGACGACACACGAUCUCAUACUAGGCGGCACGAGGACACUAAGGUGAGACCGCAUCUCGACCGUUACUCUCCCAUAUCCGGACACUGUCGCAGAUCAAGAUAUACUGCGAGUAUGCAACACUAGAAGCGCGCAUCACGCAAAACCAUGGCAACAUCCUCUCCAAUGCGCGCCGGCGCAUCGCUAGCAGAGGAACUGGACUACUACAAGAAGCAAUAUGAGCAACUGGAAACCGACCUGGCCGACUUCCAGGCGUCCAGUAAGGAGUUGGAGGAGCAACUGGAACGCGACAUCGAAGCAGCGGAGAAGAAGGAGCGCAAGCUGAAGGAGCAGGUGGAGAAGCUAGGGUUCGAGGUGGAGGAAUGGAAGACGAAGCACAGGCAGGCAAAAGCAGAGGCCAAUGGCGCGCAGAAUGCGCUGCAGAAAGAAAUCACGACGAUGCGAGAGACGAACAGGUCGCUUCAGCUCAAGCUUAGAGAUACCGAGGUGAUUAACGACGAUUACGAACGACAGGCACGGAAUACCGAGUCUAGUCUCGAAGACCUCGAGAGCAAGUAUAACGUUGCGAUUGAGCGCAGUGUGUUGCUUGAGGAGGAAGUCAAAGUUGGCGAGCAGGAACGGGAGGCGUUGCGGAUAGAGACUCAACGUCUGCGCGAUGAGCUGGGCGACUUGAAGGUGGAGAGCGAGAUUACUCUGGAGAAGCUGCGCUUAGCAGACAACACCAUCGAGCGACUGCGGUCGCGGAAACCGAGUCCGCUGGCGGUUGAGUACCUGCGCGCAAAGAGUCCAGGCAGCGAAGCGAGUGGUAGAACUCUUGCCUCACCCACCGCUUCAACGCCUCCACCCAAAUCAGACACCAUGUCGGAUGCGCCAACGCCACCUUCGCCUCCGUUGUCCGACGCGCCGACGCAUGCCAAAGCCGAGCAACGCACGCCACUACCCAGCAAACGCAAGUCCUUCGUUCAUGAUGCGACAUCAACGCUUAAGCCCGGUCUGUAUGGCCCGCGUACUGCGCCAAAACACUCCCGCGGACCAUCUAUAGCGUCGAGUAACGGCAACUCCGCAUCAGAUUCCGUGGCCAUGCGACCACCGGCUUCGCGACCGAAAAGACCUAGCGUCAUGCCGUCGGAAGGUCUGCCGCGGUCAGAAUCGCUCUACCAGAUCAAAGCUCUACGUGGUCGCAUGCAGAAGAUCGAAGAGCGGGUUCAGUCCGCGCGCUCGAAGUUGCCGCCACCUGGUACGAGGACGCCGACGGGCUCGCCGCGUAAUGUAUCUGGACUUGGCGGUGCGGAUAUGCCAUCUUCGGUUACGGUACGGAGGAGCGCGAGACGGCCGAGUGGGAGCGCGACUUCUUCGCUUGUGAACGAUGGGACUGUAGAUGGCAUCACCGCAACACCAACAUCACGAAGGGAGAAGCGACCGCCAUCCUCCGCAAUGGAUCGACCGCCAUCCGCAUUUGAUCGACCAACCUUCGUACCGAAUCGGCCACCAUCUGCGGCCGCGGCGAGCCGGCCCAGCAGUCGCGCGAGCAUGAGCUCUGCUGGCUUCGCGGCUUCCGAUCGACCGGCAAGUAGAGCAGGCGCACGGACUCCGCUUCCGCAGUACGGUACAACUACCGGGCAACCUUCGAUGAGCACUCCUGGCAAGCCUGAGGCUUCGAAGCCUCGGACCAGCAUGGGAGGCAUGUAUGCUACGAUGCAUGGUACACUGCGGAGCCACAGGCCAUCCGCCAGUGUCUCCGAAUUGAGACGGAAGGCAGCGGAGAGCGAAGACUCCACGUUCAUCUCCACACCCAGCCGCAGGACGACGAUGGAUAGGACGGCAUUAUCUACGCCUAAUGGUUUGUCGAAACAGCAUAUUGGCGGUAGUGGAGAUAAUGAUGGCGCGAUGAGACCACCGCCAAGGAGGAAGGCGAGUGAUCUGGGCGAGACGUACUAA